GGGAAGGGAGGGGAGGGGAGGGCGCGAUGAGGUCGGGGCCUCACCUGGCGGGCGGGAGGCAGCCGGCAGCCAGCCGGGCCGGGCCGGCUCCCAGCCUGCGGCCACCGCCACACCAUGAUACACUUCAUACUGCUGUUCAGUCGACAGGGGAAAUUAAGACUUCAGAAAUGGUACACGACACUACCUGACAAAGAGAAGAAAAAGAUCGUUCGAGAAAUUGUUCAGAUUGUUUUGGCUCGCCAUCAGAAAACAAGUAGCUUUGUUGACUGGAAAGACCUCAAGCUUGUUUACAAAAGGUACGCUAGUUUGUAUUUCUGUUGUGCAAUAGAAGACCAGGAUAAUGAGCUCCUGACACUAGAGGUCGUUCAUCGAUACGUAGAGCUUCUGGACAGAUACUUUGGAAACGUGUGUGAGCUGGAUAUUAUCUUUAAUUUUGAAAAAGCUUAUUUUAUUCUUGAUGAGUUUAUAAUUGGUGGAGAAGUACAAGACACUUCGAAGAGGUCUGCAGUGAAAGCCAUAGAAGACUCUGACAUGUUGCAGGAGACAGUGGAAGAGUACAUGAACAAGCCUGCAUUUUAAUGUUAAAACUACCUGGAAAGAGAACUGCUAUAUACACCUGUAAAAUUCACUUGCUGAAAUUGCUUCUCAAUGUGCCAGAUCCUCAGAGAAAUACCAAAAAACUAUAACUAAAGGGGUUUGUUUGUAUAACGAUCAAGACGAAGGUCAGCUGAUGUAGCACAGGGUUUAACAAUUCUGUUUGGAUUACUCUGCAUGUGAGUUUCUGAGAAUUGUUUUUACCCUUGAUCUAGUUUCUCUUCUCCUUGCUGCACUGAACAGUUUUUUGUAUCAUGUCUUUUAGCUAUGGGUUUUGUCAUCAUAAAAUGUUAAUCUGGCAGUACAUGGAAGAGGUAUAUUUACUGGUUUUGGUCCACUGCUGACCAUAUGACUCUACUUUUGUACAAAUGUCCAUUAUUUUGAAUGUAAUGAUUUUUCUGCUCUAAUAAUAAUUUUUUUCUAAAAGCCAAA